AUGUCGGGGUACACGCCAGAUGAGAAACUGCGGCUGCAGCAGCUGCGAGAGCUGAGGAGGCGAUGGCUGAAGGACCAGGAGCUGAGCCCUCGGGAGCCAGUGCUGUCCCCGCAGAGGUUAUGGCCUCUGGAGGAGUUCUGGCAUAAGUUUUUGCAGAACCAGGCUCCCUGGAGGAACGCGCUGUAUAAGGUAUACCGACACAGUGUCUUUGCUUUCACUCAUGUGCUUAUACCUGCUUGGAUUAUUCAUUAUUAUCUCAAGUAUCAUGUGAAUGUAAAACCAUAUGCCAUAGUUGAAAGGAAGCCCAGAAUAUUCCCAGGUGAUACAAUUCUGGAGACUGGAGAAGUAAUUCCACCAAUGAAAGAGUAUCCGGAUCAACAUCAUUGA